CACAAUUCUAUAGUGAUAAAAGUCAAACAGAAAGGAGAAGUGAAGACAAGAAGAAAACGAAGAAAUAACAAAAAAAGAGUAUUGGCGAAUCGUGACAUAAAACGAUUUAUUUAUUUUUAUUAAAUUUUUCUAUGAAAUUUUCAUCGAGUUGUAUCACGGCAUAUACUCAUAGCGAAACAAACAGGAAUACACACAUAUUCAAAAUGUCAAUCAGUGAAUUUCUAAAGAAUCUUCCGAGUCAUAAUGAGAAAAACUUUGCACUAUUCAACACAGAAAAUGGCAUUCGAACAUCAUCACGACGACCAUCAGUAUAUUUACCAACCGUAGAUAUUCCAUCAGAACAGAUUAUUGUAACAGAAAAGAAAAAUAUUUUACUAAGAUAUUUGCAUCAACAAUGGGACAAAAAGGCUCCGGUGAAAAAACGAGAACACACCAACGAAAAUACUGGAGAAAAUGCACGAACAAAACGACCCCGAAUGGAACGUGAUCCAAAUUGAAAUGGAUCCACAUUAGUAACGCUCGCAUCCAUACACAUACACACACACCGUAUUAACAUUUAUAUCAUUAUUUAACAUGCAGAGGCAAAAGGAAAUAGCAAACAAUUUGGUGAAACUUACCAGCACUAAACAAUAGCAUUAUGAUUUGUAACUAGAUGUAAGUGACAGAUUGAUGAAACUUUGCUUGUGGUCAGCAUGCAUUGCAAAUGACUGAAGAAAUAUUGAUAUUCUGAUUUUGGAGAUUAUAUUUAUGAAAUAACGAGAAUGCUUCGAAUUUUUCUUCAUCUGGAUUGAAAAUAAAUUAGACCUCCAAUUGUAA